GUAGUAGACAGGUUUGGCGUCGUCCGUCGUCCGCUGAGAUUGGAAACCAGUUUUUGAAUUUCAUUCAGUAAUCUGGAGACACCCUAGCGUUUAGGUUCAUUUCGGCGGUGGCGCCUACUUAGUUGUGAUCGCGGCGUUCAAUCGAUAGGAAGUGUUUUUGUUUGUUCUGGGUGAGGCGUUAGUAGGCCGGUCGUGAACUAUGGAUAACGGAAACGUUGCAGAAGGCGAGAGUAAUGGAUCGGCCGUUACGGCUGUGAUGUCCGGGAAGGAAAGUGAUCCGGAGUUUGGUCCACGGGAGGGUUACCGGAUAGUGAAGAACAUUGCUAUUCUGGGGUUUGCCUUCAUGAUUCACUUCACGGCGUUCCACGGUACAUCCAACCUGCAGAGUUCGGUUCACAGCGAUGGGUCCCUGGGGGCGUUUACGCUGGCAUCUAUCUACGGAUCGUUAAUAUUGUCAAACAUCUUUCUACCGGUUAUGGUGAUCAGGUGGCUUGGAUGCAAGUGGACUAUCGUCGUGUCGUUCGUGGCCUACAUGCCCUACAUCGCUGCCCAGUUUUUUCCACGAUUCUACACGUUGAUUCCGGCUGGGUUGGCCGUUGGAUUCGGCGGAGGUCCGCUGUGGUGCGCCAAGUGUACCUAUUUGUCGGUGAUUGCGGAGGCGUUCAGCGUCAUUAAGAAGCGGAAGGUGAAAGCUGAUUAUCUGAUCGUUAAGUUCUUCGGGCUGUUCUUCGUGUUCUACCAGUUGGCUCAAGUGCUGGGAAAUUUGAUCUCGUUUUCGGUGCUCUCCUAUGGCGACGACGAAGAAGCGCCUCAAAACAUCUCCACCGCCUACUCCGUUGAUGUAUCACAAACAUGCGGCGCCAACUACGUUGCCCCGGUGGAUCGCCAGCUUGGAAACGACACAGACGUGGACUUUCAUCGACCUGACGCUGCCAAACUGAACGCUCUGACGGGAAUCUUUCUGGGUUGCAUGGCCCUGGCUAGUAUAUCCGUUGCCGUGGGUGUCGAUUCACUCAAACGCUACAACAGUACUCGAACUGGAUCUGGAUCGGGAAUUUCUGGAGUUCGGAUGCUGGUGAUCACCAUGAAGCAACUUGGAAACAAAUACCAGAUUUUGUUGCUUCCCAUCACUAUGUUCAUCGGAGUAGAACAGGCGUUCAUUGCAGUCGACUUCACUGCGUCGUUCGUGGCGUGUGGACUAGGCAUCCGAUACAUUGGUUAUGCAAUGAUUAGUUUCGGAUUGGCAAAUGCCUUUGCAGCGGCGGUAACCCCAUCGAUCACCAAAGCAAUCGGGCGCUUCCCGAUGAUCAUCGCGACGGCAAUCUUCCACUUGGCGCUGAUUGUGUUCAUGUUAGUGUGGAAACCUACUACCGACUACUAUGCAUACUCGAUAAUCGUCGCCUGCUGGGGUCUCGCCGAUGGAGUUUGGCUUAUUCAAAUCAAUGCACUGAGUGGGAUUCUCUUUCCCGGCAACGAAGAGGCUGCGUUCAGCAAUUUCCGCCUGUGGGAGGCAACCGGUUCGGUGAUCAUGUACGCCACCAGCCCUGUGCUGUCGACCUUCACCAAACUGGUUGGCAUCAUGUGCGUUAUGCUAAUCGGGACCGUUGGGUAUACGACAAUUGAGGUGAUGGAGUAUCGAGUCAAGAAAAGUGCUGCCGGAAAACGAUUUGAAAUGAUUCAACAACAAGGCUAGUGUGCGGAUCGACGAAGUUCAAAUGUGAUAAUCUUUUAGAUGACAAAGAAAGAG